CAUCUUUGUUCCUCUAAUCCAAGCGUCUAUUUUUUAUGUGUAGGAUACAUAGUGACACCGAGGAGACUCGCGCUCACUAUAAUAAAGGGACAUUUACGAGGCGCGGCACAGACAACGCGUCAAACAAGCUUUCGCGCGAAGAAAAAAAGGGGGGCAAAAUAAAUAUAAUCCUCACCGGCUGAGAACUCGGACGCUUUUGAAAUAACAAGUGAAGAAAUUGGUAAAGGAGAAAACGCCUAAGGCUGUCCAUCCAACCAUUCAGACAUACAUUCCUGUUGGACUUCCAUACACAUAAACCACACAAAAAAUGUCUGCUCCAGCCCCAGCCGGUGGCGCUGCCCCAGAAGGAGCGAAUCAGCCUCCCAACCUCACCAGCAAUCGCCGUCUGCAGCAGACACAGGCUCAGGUCGAUGAGGUGGUGGACAUUAUGCGUGUGAACGUCGAUAAGGUCCUGGAGAGGGACCAGAAGCUCUCAGAGCUGGACGACCGUGCUGAUGCUCUUCAGGCUGGGGCCUCACAGUUUGAAACCAGUGCUGCCAAGCUCAAGAAUAAGUACUGGUGGAAAAAUGCCAAGAUGAUGAUAAUCUUGGGAGUGAUAGGGGUCAUCAUCCUCAUCGUUAUCAUUGUCUACUUCAGCUCUUAAGAAGGGCGGCUCCUACCCCAGGCUGCACUCCAGACCUCCCGAUUUCCAGAAGAUUCUAUGGA